AUGGCAGCAGCACCAGCAGCAACAGCCCUCGAAUACCCCUACGCCACCGUCCUCGUUCUCGGCGCAACGUCCGGGAUCGGACUCGCGCUUGCUGAGAAGUUGGUUACCAACGGAUCGCACGUAAUCGCCGUUGGGCGCCGGGAGGAGAAACUAGCUUCCUUCCAAGAGAAGCAUGGUAGGGACAAAGUGUCGAUCAUCAAAUUCGAUAUCACGGAUCUGGAAGGGAUUCCUGGUUUCGUGGAGAACGUAACAAAAGCCCACCCAACUCUCUCCUCCGUAAUCGUCAACUCGGGCAUCCAGCGCCGACUGGACUUCACCGCGCCAUCGUCCAUCGACCUCUCCGCCGUCAGCGCCGAGCUCACAACCAACUACCUGGCCCCGAUCCACCUCACGACCGCCUUCCUCCCGCACCUCACCUCCCUCUCCCGCCAGACGAGGACCUCUAUCGUCUUCACCACCUCCGGCCUCGCCUUGGUCCCCAUCACGCGCUGCCCCAACUACUGCGCCACCAAGGCCGCGCUGCACCACGCCGUGCUCUGCCUGCGCGAGCAGCUCCGCCACACCGCCGAGAAUCUGACCGUCGUCGAAGUCAUGCCGCCAGCCGUGCAGACAGAGUUGCAUGACGCGAAGCACCAGCCUGAUAUCAAGGAGGGUGGGAAGAUCGGGAUGCCGUUGGAGAAAUUCACCGAGGAGUGUUGGACGGGACUAUGUGAGGGGAAGGAGGAGGUGCCGGUCGAGAUGGCAAUGUUUUGGUACGAGGGCUUCGAAAAGGAGAGGCAGAAGAUGUUCAAGAGUUUGGUGGAGAAGGGGGUGGGUGUUUUGUAA